GUUCUGUCACUCCAGUGCUGACUGCAGCCUGCUGCUACUGCUGUUGUGUGCAUUCACCAUUGCUACAUCAGAGGAAUGACUACUAUCUAACAACCCUGCUGAAGGUCUCUCCCCUUCUGGACAAACCCAUGGACACAGAUGCAUUCAGACAGCAUGGGCUCUAGACUGAAACAAAACCCUGAGCGAAUCUUCUACUGGUUCUUCGAAGCAACUUGUCCUGUAGCCAGAGACAAAGAUCCUGGUCUACUGUUUCAGUUUCCAGAGGAUUUCAGUGACGAGGAGUCCUGUCAAACACUGCCCAGGUUCUGCUUCCCGUAUGAUAUACAAAAAGUGAGGGAUGGAGUGGCUGUGCAGCACUUUACCUUUGUUCUGACUGACCUUGAAGGAUGCCAGCGAUUUGGCUUUUGUCGCCUCACCAACAGCACACACACCUGCCUUUGCAUUCUCAGUUAUCUUCCGUGGUUUGAAGUGUUUUACAAACUUCUCAACAACUUGGCAGAUUAUCUCACAAAGGGACAGACCAAUGAGAUGAAAGUGCUGCUGGCUGCGCUCUACCAGCAGCCCAUACCGCUGGCAAAUGGGUCUGUCACUCUGCAGAUGGGAGAACAGCUAUUGGUCAGCACAGAGGUGUCCCAGCCUGUUGGACACCCUGGGGGACAAAAGGUGGUUCCAUACUUCAUUGCUCCAGAUCCCAGGAGUCUCCCUUCCAUCCCAGAAAAUAGGAACCUGACAGAGCUGAUUGUGGCAGUAGAUGUGGGGAACUUGCUCCAGCUCUACACCAGCAUGCUGUUUGAGAGACGCAUCCUCAUCUUUGCCAGCAAGCUCAGCACUCUGACAUCUUGCGUGCAUGCACUCAGUGCUGUGUUAUACCCCAUGUACUGGCAACACAUCUUCAUACCUGUCCUGCCGCCCCACUUACUGGACUACUGCUGUGCACCUAUGCCUUAUCUAAUAGGGGUCCACACCAGUCUAUCUGAGAAGGUGAGGAGUCGUGGGCUGGAGGAAGUUGUCAUUCUGAAUGUGGAUACAAACACACUGGAAACCCCCUUUGAUGAUCUUAAGGGGAUACCUUCAGAUGUGAUGUCCGGGCUGAAGGUGUGUCUGAAGCGCCAGGCUGUGUCUCCUGGUUCUGGUGUCUCACGGGCCUUCCUGAAAGCUCAGGCUCUGCUGUUUGGAGGGUACAGGGACGCACUGCAGAGCCACAAGGAUGGUGAAAUAUGGUUCAAUGAGGAGCUGUUUCUAGCUCACAAGUCUCCCAGUAUGAGGCAGUUCCUGCAGAGUGCCGUUCAUUUACAGUUCUUCAAACAGUUCAUUGACAACCGCCUGGAUAUUCUGAACAAGGGGAAGGACCCAGAUGACCUCUUUGAGGAGGAGAUCCUAAAGUGUGAUACAACUACAGGAAAAGGCAAAACAUAUCAACAAUUAGUUGGCAAUUUAAAGAAAGGGGGAGGAGCGCUCAUCCUCAACAUGAGGUCCAAAGCAAACAUGAGGGCCAAAGGUCUUGCCAAGUCUGGUUUGAAAAACCUGCUGAUGCACAAGGUGGGCUCAUGUUUAUGCGGGUACGUGCUUCAACUGAUAUAAAGUCUGCUGUGUGUGUCCAUCCAUCCAUCCAUUUUCUUC